UCCUAAAUGACUCCUUCAUACCGACACCCAUCCCGAUACUUAUUAGGGGCCCGCCGAGCCCCCGGAUUAGUUCGCAUCCCGCAUUCGACCAGCCAACAUUAACUAGCAUCAAUUAAUACAAAUUACUCGACCAUUCACAAAGUGACAACGGCUGUUAGACUAUCCAAGCGUACACACAACACAAACCUCCAUCCGAAAUAUACAAUAUGGAGAAUUUUCUAAGCUACCAGUGCUUGAGUGAGGAUUGGGAGAAGCAUGUGUACUCUGUGAGUUCUUAUCAGAAAGAAGUGCCGGUGGUCAAGCAGAGGUGUCAGGCUAACGCACGGGAGAGAGACAGGACACAGAACAGCGUCAACAUGGCGUUCAACACGCUGCGUCUCCUGAUCCCGACGGAGCCACCGGACAGAAAACUCAGCAAGAUCGAGAUACUGCGGCUUGCCGGCAGCUAUAUCACGCAUCUCGACAACCAGCUGUAUACAGGUAUCAUCGAUCAACCAUGUUUGCAGAAAACAGAUGAAGAGAAUAAAAAUGGAUCUUUAUGUACUUUUUGUUGGUCAGCCGUUAAACAAGAUAAACAUUCUACGGUAAUGGGAAACUUUUACAAGUCACCUUUCUGAAAAGUAUAAGCUAGGAUAACAAUGCGUAUGUCGUAGUGGCCGGCCGUUUCAAAAAAAUAGUUGUUGUACCUACUUAUAUUAUAUAUAAAGUCAUCAUAAGGACAGUCGCAAUAAGAUCACAGAAUAUAUAAUGUAAGAUUAACAGUAAUUGUUAGUCAUGCCCCAGUGUGUGUGUCUUACUUCAACGUGCCUUAAUUUAUUUAUACCUAAUGAGUAAUGUGACAUCUAAAGUUUGCUUCACUUUAUGAAAUGGAAGCCUGACCGGUGACGCUGAUUGCCCAAUUUUAUGGUCUGAUACAAAAGUAUUAUUACGUACUCCUUAUAUUUAUUGAUGUUAUGUUUUCUAGACUUUAUAAAUAUAUUAGUCUAAGAACUGUUGUAUUCGCGCGAAGGCCAAACAUUCUUUACAUCAACGACCACUUUACAUUUUGCUGGUACAUUUUAUGUCGGCGCUAAGAUUUAUACAGUGUGAUUUUUGUAAGUACUGGCCAAACUUACAUAUUAGUAACUUUUGAGGUCAUGAUGAACAACUUUUAUUAUGGGACCAAUGCUGAAAUCUUGAAAAAAAAAAUUGGUACUUAGUUCCAUAGAAAUGUAUGCAUCUAUGCAGUCAAAAAGUUACGCACUUGCGCUAGCGAUUAAUAAAGGACUUAUUAUAAAGGAAUCCAGAAAUUUAAAUAAAACAAAUGAAUACGAAAUGGCACGUUUUAUUAAUUUGCAUCUAUGGUCAAAUAGGGUUUGAUUAUUGUUGACUCAACAGAAACCAAAAUGUAAAUAAAUUAAGAAACUUAAAUUACGAAAACGAAAUAUUACGGAGUCCCAUUCUGUAAAAGAUUUGUAACCUGUAACUAUAAGUUCUGUUUAAAUCUCUUUCUAAUAAACAUACCUAAUAUACCUAUAUCUAGACAUACUAUGGUUCUUAGAAAAGUCAAACAGAGCUAUUACAAAUAAAAAAAUAAAUCAUU